AUGACUUCAAACGCUUGCGAGGGGUGUACCUGUGGCCGUGCUGACGCGGCGUUCGAGGACGAGGUCGACGUCGACCGCGACCCGCGCUCAUUCACCGUCCCCGCAGAGGGCAUCUACUCGCCCGACACGCAUACCGAGACUGUGGCCAUCGACAAUGCCGUCCCUCUGCGCUCCAAGAAAUGGUUCCACGACGACGACGAUCCUGGCAUGACCUCCAUCUAUCUGGAGCGGUACAUGAACUGGGGCAUGACCCUUGACGAGCUGCGUAAUGAGAAACGCCCCGUUAUUGGGAUUGCGCAAACAGGGUCAGACUUGUCGCCAUGUAAUCGGCAUCAUGUCGAGUUGGCCAAACGCGUGCGGGACGGUAUCAUUGCUGCGGGGGGUACGCCGCUCGAGUUUCCGUGCCAUCCUAUCCAGGAGACGGGGAAGCGUCCCACAGCAUCGCUCGACCGAAACCUCUCAUACCUCGCUCUUGUCGAGGUCCUUUUCGGGUAUCCUCUCGACGGUGUCGUCCUCCUCACCGGAUGUGAUAAGACCACGCCGGCGAUGCUCAUGGCGGCUGCGACGAUGAACAUUCCCGCCCUGUGUUUGAAUGUCGGGCCCAUGUUGAAUGGGUAUAGUAAUGAUGGGAAACGCCUAAUGGGGUCUGGCUCGGUGGCGUGGGACUCGCGAGCUGCUUUUGUGACGGGUAAAAUCAACGCUAAGCAGUUCGUGCAUAACAUGGCCGUGUCGGCGCCCAGUGUUGGACACUGUAAUACCAUGGGCACGGCAUCGACCAUGAACGCCCUAGCCGAGGCGCUGGGCAUGGCGCUUCCCGGCUCGGCUGCGAUUCCAGCGGCGUACCGCGAACGCGGAGCGUGCGCGUACCAGACCGGUCGGCGGAUUGUCGACAUGGUCCGCUCCGACCUCAAGCCGUCGGAUAUCCUAACCAAGGAUGCGUUUGAGAAUGCCAUCGCCCUCAACACUGCCAUUGGUGGAUCGACAAAUGCUCCCAUCCACCUCGGCGCCAUUGCCAAACAUAUUGGCGUCGAGCUCACUACAGCCGAUUGGGAACGCGUCGGGUACGCGUUACCCGUCAUUGUCAAUGUCAAGCCGGCCGGCCAAUUCUUGUGCGAGGAGUAUUUCCGCGCUGGCGGCCUUCCGUCCGUCGUCGCAGAGCUUAUGGCACACGACAAACUUCCCCAUCCCUCAGCACUUACGUGUACGGGUCGUUCUAUUGGGGAGAACUGUAAGGGCGAGAUGUCAUUUGACCGCCGCGUGAUUAUGCCAUUUGAGAAACCACUCAAACAAACGGGUGGAUUCCUCAACCUCCACGGCAACUUGUUCGACAGUGCGAUCAUGAAGACGAGUGUGAUCAGCGACAAGUUCCGGCAACAAUGGCUGGAAAACCCCGACGAUCCCAUGGCUUUCCAAGGGCCAGUGGCGGUCUUUGAUGGACCGGAAGACUACCACGCACGGAUUGACAAGAACCCCAAUAUCACCAAAAGCACAAUCCUUAUCAUGCGCGGCACGGGCCCCAAUGGAUAUCCUGGCGCCGCAGAGGUCGUCAAUAUGCUUCCGCCGGCUGAACUCAUCAAGCAGGGCCUCGAAUUGCCAUGUAUUGGCGACGGACGACAGAGCGGAACAUGUGGCACACCCGCCAUCCUCAACGCGUCGCCGGAAGCGGCGACAGGCGGCAUGCUGGGAUACCUCAAGGACGGAGAUAUUGUGCGCGUCGACCUCAACAAGCGCACUGCCAACGUCAUGCUUGAACCAGAGGAGAUCGAGGCUCGCAAGAAGGAGAUGGGGUCGUACAAGGACACCAAGAUGCCCAAGUCCCAGACACCAUGGCAGGAACUGUUCCGCGAGAACGUCGGCGAGCUGUCCGAAGGAAUGGUCCUAAACAAGGCCGUCAAGUACCAGCGCCUUGCCCAGACCCAGUCUAUUCCUCGCCAGAACCACUAG